UUAAUCGAUUCCUGCAUCCAUCCACACACCGAUCUACACACAACAAACACAGGCUGAGUGGAAACAUGGCUUUGAGGCGAGCUCUGCACUUUGUUUUUAAAGUCGGCGACAGAGCCAAAACAGCCACGUUUUACCGAGAUGUUCUUGGCAUGAAGAUUUUACGCCAUGAGGAGUUUGAGGAAGGCUGCAAAGCAACGUGCAAUGGACCAUAUGAUGGGAAAUGGAGCAAAACGAUGGUUGGCUUCGGCCCAGAAGAUGACCACUUUGUUGCUGAGCUGACAUAUAAUUAUGGAGUGGGAGAAUAUCAACUUGGCAAUGACUUCUUGGGGCUCACCCUGCAGUCCAGCAAAGCUGUAAGCAAUGCUAAACGUCUGGGAUGGCCUCUUACUGAGGUGGGAGAGGCUCUGUAUCUGACCCAGGCUCCAGGAGGGUAUCCUUUCUACCUUGUGGACAAAGAGCAGCCGCCCGGUGACCCGGUGCAGAAGGUUUGUCUCGGAGUAUCUGACCUCCAGAGAUCCACCCGCUACUGGACGACGCUCCUGGGGAUGAAGGUGAUGGAAAAGAACGAGCAGAAGAAAACAGUGCUGAUGGGCUUUGCAGACACUCAAUGUACGCUGGAGCUUCAUGAUGUCGGUGGGACAGUAGAUCAUGGAACAGCGUUUGGGAGGAUCGCAUUUUCAUGCCCACGGGAGCAGCUGCCUGACCUCGAAGCCUUAAUGAAGAAGGAAAAUCAGAAGAUUCUCACUCCAUUAGUCAGCCUGGACACUCCUGGAAAAGCUACAGUAGAAGUGGUUAUCUUGGCUGACCCAGAUGGUCAUGAGAUCUGCUUUGUUGGAGAUGAGGCAUUCAGGCAGCUGUCCAUGGUGGACCCCGAAGGAAAUGACUUGCUUGAUAAGGCCAUGGCCGCAGAUAAAAGUGAUGAGUGGUUUGCCAAACACAACAGACAGAAAGCUGCUGCGUGAUAUAAAGAGGGGCUUGCUCGGAAAACUGCUCACCAGUUCGUUUGAUGAUGAGUUUCUGUACACAGCAGUUGGAGUGUAAAUCUUCUUGUAAUGACAGCUUAAUUAUGCUUACGCUGGCAGUGUGUUUUUGUCCCCUGGAAGUGUGCCACGAGGCACAGUUGUAUUGACAGCACUUUGUAGAAGGACCACUUGUUCAAUUUGUUGGACAUUUUUCCAGUAAAUAAUGUUUUUGUCCAUAAGGCAGAGAGGUUGGCAAUAAAAUGUAUUUAACACAACUUAUUCAGAAAAACAUAUGAAUGAUUUGAUCCACCAUCAUCUGUGCGUGUCCCAGUUAGUGCUCUUAAAGGUGGUGUCAGCCGGUAAGAGAAACAUAGUUGAUUGUUGAGUCUUAUUCGCAAAUUCUGACGUAAACCUCCGAGGCUGUGAAGUGGAGCCAACGCAGAAGUGCCAAAAACUGCAGUUCCUCAAACGUCCACUUGAGGCUGGCUACAGAACAAGUUAAUCUCCCCAUGUUAAAAGUCAAACUUUAAACAUGUUUACAAGCUGGUGCAAAAAAACUGUUUAAACACAAUAUUAAAAAAAGAUUAAGUUGUAGAUUUUGACACAGCAUGACAUAACAACAUGGUUCUCAAACUGUGGGGCGGGCACAGAGCCUCUGCAGGGGGAGUGUGGAUGACCCAGGGUAAAAAUAUGAAGUGAAAUUAAGUUGAUUUAUGUCAGUAAAAUAAAAAGAGUUUGAUGAUGAUGUGUUGCAGACUUUAAUUUCACUAAAAUUCAACUUUCAACUGGUUGAUUUCUCUAAUUAUUGUCAGUGAUUGAGGGGUGGGUGUGAACUUUUUUCAGCCUCUAAAGGGGGUACACCAGAAAACAACUGAAAAUCACCACCCACACUACGGAAGCUGCGAGUGGUCAUAUGUUCAUGGGUUUCAUUACCUUUCUCGUAAUGAGUUAAUUUCAGUUUUCCUCGAGACCUCCAGUUAUUUAUGUCAUUGUCCAAAGAAAAACAGAAAAACAUGCUAUUUGUUGUUAAUUGCAACAUUCUCCUGCUCCUCUGAAUGAUGUUUCAGAAUGAGAAUCAGAAAUACUUAAAUAAUCCC